AUGCACGAGCAACCUAUGCACGAGCAACCUAUGCACGAGCAACCUAUGCUCGAGCAACCUAUGCACGAGCAACCUAUGCUCGAGCAACCUAUGCACGAGCAACCUAUGCACGAGCAACAUAUGCACAUGCUUAGGUAUGUUCCUGGAAGUCACGUCAGUCGGAAGCAAGUGUGUGUGUUCGUGUGUGGUAGAUGGUACCGCGAGAUGGGCGGGUCGCUGGCGGAGAUGCGGCCGGGGUCGGUGCUGGCGCGGCCGCUGCAGUCGGUGCUGCAGUUCCCGCGCGUGCAGCCCGAGGACGCCGGCCGCUACGUGUGCGUGGCGACCAACCUGCUGGGCGAGGACCGGCGCGAGCUCACGCUCUCCGGGGGCUCGGCGGGGGGCGGGGCGCACGUCACCUGGCUCAAGGACGGACGGCCGCUGCUGGACGGGCCGCGGGUGAGCGUGCUGCCGGGGGGCCACACGCUGCUCGUGCGCUCCGUGCACAAGUCGGACCGCGGCAUGUACCAGUGCAUGGCGCGCAGCGGGGACGAGAGCGCGCAAGGCAGCGCGGAGCUCACUCUCGGUGCGGUUGCUCCAGAGCUGCAGUCCACCUUCAUUGAACAAACCUUGCAACCUGGCCCUCCAGUGUCACUGCGCUGCACAGCGUCAGGGAAUCCUCCUCCACGUGUGACGUGGCUGCUAGAUGGGGGAGACCUUAGGCCGCGUGGGUACGUUUUGGGCAGCUACUUGGAUGCCUCUGGAGAUGUCGUCUCUCAUCUCAACAUCUCAUCCGUACGCGUGCAGCAUGGAGGCCUUUACACAUGUGUAGCUCGAAAUAUGUUGGGGUCGUCGCAACACUCUGCAACUCUAAAUAUUUAUGGACCACCGUCACCAAGACCUCCUCAAAAUCUGACCGUAGUGGAUGGUACUGACGUUUUUCUGCGGUGUCCGGUGGCUGGAUUCCCCAUAGCCAGCGUCACGUGGCAGCGAGGAGGCGAAAUCCUCCCCACGAACCUGCGCCAUCACAUUUUUCAAAACGGGACCCUCCAAGUGCGCAAAGUGGAGGGAGCCAAGGACCGCGGGGAGUACACGUGCGCGGUGCGCAAUCAACAGGGACAACAAGCGACCGGGCGACUGCACCUGGAAAUCAUGAAGCCACCUCAAAUAGCACCUUUCCAGUUUCCAAGCAACUUGCAAGAAGGGAAUAGAGCACAGGUGUCUUGUAGCAUUAUUUCUGGAGAUCUACCGAUUAGUAUUUCUUGGCGCAAGGAUGGUGGCCCCCUACCACGAGAAGCAGAUGUUCAUGAACAAUUGCAUGAGUUUGUAAGCAAUUUGCUGUUUAGUGACCUGGCUGAACGCCAUUCUGGAUUAUACACCUGCAUAGCAAGCAAUGCUGCAGCAGUUUCCAAUUAUACCACAAAAUUGGUAGUAAGAGUGGCUCCAACUUGGUUGAUUGAACCUCAAGACUUAUCAGUUUUGUUUCAUCAUUCUGUUUCUUUACACUGUCAAGCAAAUGGCUUUCCUUCCCCUUCAAUCACCUGGAUGAAAGCCAAAGGAAAUCAACCAACUGACUUUGUUCCUUUAGAAACCAAUCCCCAAAUAAUAUUGUCAAGUAAUGGCUCAGUUAUGAUACGAGCAGCAGAUCCCACUCACGAAGGUCAUUAUACUUGUCAGGCAAGCAAUGGUAUUGGCUCAGGCCUGAGCAAAGUUAUAUUUUUGCGAGUGAAUGUCCCUGCCCAUUUCACAUCAAGGAUAGUUAACCAAAGUGGGGUAGCUGGAGAAGAUGUAAUGCUCAGCUGUGAAGCCAAGGGUGAUUUGCCAGUUCAUGUUACGUGGUCUACAUCUCAUCGAUCAUUGACCCCCAGCCAGUCACAAGUAACAGAGGAGCAGACUAGUUCUGGCCUAAUUGCCAAACUUCAUCUAGAUUCUUUGAGUCGUAGAGAUGCAGGGCCAUACCAUUGCUCAGCAAUGAAUGAAUAUGGGCAAGAUGAAAUGAUGAUUUACCUGACAGUAAAAGAACCACCAGAAGCUCCUGAGAGAGUUGAAGUGAUAGAAACAGGAAGUCGCUGGGUGAGUGUAGCCUGGAGAGCUCCUUAUUCUGGCCACGCUCCCAUCAAUUAUUAUGUGGUGCAGUUUCGAGAGGAAGGAAGUAGUGUUUGGAACAAUGUCACUGUUGGAGGAGCAGCCAGAACAGCUCGUAUUGGUGCAUUAAAGCCAGCUUCUUCAUACACACUACGAUUAUUGGCAGUAAAUGAAGUUGGAGCUGGAGCUCCAAGUGAAGGCACCGAUGUUCUCACUUUACAAGAAGCACCAAGUGGACCACCAAUAGAUAUAACUGUUGAAGCAACUACUCCUGAAGUGCUAAUAGUUCGUUGGAAGCCUCCUUUACUCAGUUAUUCUAAUGGAGAUAUCUUGGGUUACCAAGUUGGUUACCGUGAAGAUUCACCAAUUGGGCAACAACAACAGCAACAAGUGAGAACUGUACGAGGACGGCAUCGCCUUGAAGUGACACUCACUGGCUUACACCAUUAUACACGAUACGAAAUAACAGUGAGAGCCUUUAAUCAAGUUGGUGCUGGUCCUGCAUCUCCACCUCAAAUUGUCACAACAUUGGAGGGUGGUUUAAUUAAUUUGCAUGUUUCUGAACCAUGGCAUUCAUUUAUAGUUCCAGAUAUGCCUCCCCAAGACUUGCGCUGCUCUGCUCUAUCUCCUCAAAGCAUCAGAGUGCGUUGGAAUCCUCCUGCACAAGAACAUCGGAAUGGCAACAUAGAAGGAUACAAAGUUUUCUACAAAAAUGUCAACACCCACAAAGUACCAGGUCCACCAGAGCAGAUCAAAGCACUGGUCAUGACAUCUGACAGUAUUAUGGUGGCUUGGACACGACCUUUGGACCCUAAUGGCAACAUUAUAAAAUACAAUGUUUACAUACAAACAUUACCUCAACAUGGAAAUAAGCAGGAUCUUCACAAAGAAACUGUGUUCGGAGAUCGUGAAUUAAUUUAUGAGGCUCGCCGUUUAAAAGAAUUUCAGCGUUAUGAGUUUUGGGUAACAGCAUCUACUCUUGUUGGAGAAGGUCCAACAAGCAAUAAAGUACCUCAAUCUCCAAUAUCACGAGUACCAGCUCGAAUAGCUUCAUUUUCACAGCAAGUCAUUGCCGGAGCAGGCAAAAAUGUUGUGCUUGCAUGUCAUGCUGUGGGUUUACCUGCACCCAAUAGACAGUGGAGAAGUCCUUCUGGAACCAUACUAACAACUACUUCAGGAAAUAGGUCACAUAGAGUUCUCGCAGAUGGCAGUCUUGCUAUGGGUCCUUUAAAACCUGAUGAUGCUGGUAAUUAUUCUUGUUUAGCAGAAAAUGUUUUUGGCAAAGACGAAGUGUCAUAUGGGCUUAUAGUUCAAGUUCCACCAAGUCAGCCAGUGUUAACCAUCCCAGCAACGACUAUGCGCACCAUAUCCUUACAAUGGAAAGUUGUUGACAAUGGUGGAAGCCCAAUUACAGGUUAUACUUUAAACUACAAACGGGAGUUUGGUGAAUGGCAAGAAUUAUCUAUUGACCCUGAUCGCAAGACAUACACUUUAGAUGGAGUAAAGUGUGGUUCUGUUUAUCAGUUAUAUAUUACUGCUAUAAAUGGAGUAGGAAACAGUAAAUCAAGUUCAGUAGUAACUGCCAAUACCAAGGGAUCAGCACCGAGAAUUCCCUUACAAGAUGAUUUGUUGGUGGUUAACUCAACCUCAGUAACACUCUUCCUGGAUGCUUGGCCCAGUGGUGGUUGUCCACUUCAGUAUUUUGUUGUGGAAUAUAGAGCACGUACACAAAGUUCUUGGACAUUAGUUUCAAACAAUAUCCAACAAGAAGAACUUAUCAUACCAGAUCUUACUCCUGCCACAUGGUAUGCUUUGAAAGUCACAGCUCACAAUGAUGCUGGUUCUAGCAUGCAGGAAUUUGUGUUUGCCACAAAAACAAGAGGAGGAGACACACUUCUCUCAGAAAUGGUUCCUGAUACUUCUGAACAGCAAGGUUCUUUUUACACACAUCUUAAUGUGAUCAUUCCAAUUGUUUCUGGGAUCAUAUGUACUAUAGCAGCAUCUAUUUGUGUGUGUAUUAUUGUACAUAGACGGCAUUAUGCAGGUUAUAAACCAGGUGACUCUGGCUAUGGCGCUAAGUCAUUGGCUGAAUUGGAAAAUCAACGUAAUAAUGACCAGCAGGGUAGUCAAGGUGGACAGCUGUAUUCUCCUUCUCCUGCAAGAAAAGGAGACUCAUCUCUUAGUGUCCAGAAAGGCAGUGACACUUCAGGCCAAGACUACGAGAUCUGCCCGUAUGCUACCUUCAGCUUACCUGGAACAGGUAAUGCCAACCAGACCAUGGACUAUUCCAUGCAGUUCCAGACAUUCAGCCAACAGGAGUGUUAUGCUGGCCAGCCGCGUCCUAGUACAUCAGGUUAUGGCAGCAAAUCCAACAAGGACUAUUACUCUCGAGUGAGAGCUAAAUCCAAUGGUUCACGCAAUUCCGCAGAAAUAAAAAUAUCCAGAUGUUCGAAAAGCCCACCAGAUGGUCUUAGUUUGGAAAUGCCUUGUGCAGAAAUCUCAUGCAUUUCAAGUCAGCAGACACUGCCUGUGUCUGUAGCUGCAGCCAAUUCAAGUCACCAUAGACGUAAUAAAUCACCUCCCAACCAAAACCAUCGUGAGAGUCAUAGUAGCAGCAGUGGAAUUGGAUUCGGUCACUCUCGCAGUUGUUCAGUUGGGGCAGAACGUGAACGGUCAGAUUCAGACAGCAGCACAGGUGUUGGGAGUCCACGACGCAGAGAAUCUAAAUCUCAUCCAACACAGUACCGAUUGCCUCCUGCUAAUCAUAGGUCAAACAAAACACCUCACCAUGGAGACUCAGUUUUUGAAUUGGAUUCAAGCACAGAAUCUACAGAAGCAUCUCCUGAGGUGAGCCACAGGAAUCGACGAGGCAUGGUACGCAGGGGGACGCCAUCCAGACAAAAUCCUAACAGUGGAGCAGUCUGCCAAGAGGUAGUACCUCUGCAGCCCCCCUCUGGCUUCUCGGAUGGCCAGGAAUUAUCAGAGGCAGAAUGUGAUAGAGAAGCGGGUCGUGAAAAUAUCCCUGCUCUUCCAUUAUUUCGACAUGAGGAACUUGAACAAGAAUUGUCAACUCUUGUUAAAAGAUAUCGCCAAGAACGUGAUAGAGAGAAACAAGAUUAUACUAUUCAUGUUUAAAAAGUCAAGAAUUUGUAUUCAAGAAGUGCCAUCAAAGAAAAUUUUAAAACAAAAUUGUAUGUUUCAAAAAUAAUAAACCAGGAAUUGAUACAGUUUUGUAUUGAAAACAAAAAUUCAGUAUUUCAUUUUUCAAUUGAUGUAGGGGAGUAUUUGAGGAGAAUCUAAAAUGGGACUGAAAAGCUUCAAGAAAAAGUCUGUACUUCCAUUAAAAAAAUUUUGAUAAAAUAUUCCAUGAAAUUUCAAACAUAUCAUAUAUGAUAACAUUUGAGAAGAAAUUAAUUGAAUAAAUAUGAUUACAGAAAUAUAAUAAAAUCAAAUGAAAAAUAAUUUCUAACAAAAUACUUAUUCCAGUCCAAAAUUGCAUUGCAUAAUUGAAUGCUAUUGGCCAAAAGUAAAAAAAAAUGCAGAGCCUGCAUAUUGUUUAUGAAGUUCAUAAUUCAGGUAACAUUCAUUGGAUUGUUGCAGAUGAAUUUUACAAGGGCUUACAAAUCUGAAAAUUAGACGUCUUACUAAUCAUGCUGCUCUUAACAUUUGUAAUUGUUUACUUAAUGUACAGAGAAAUAUUUGAAGCAUUUGCAGAACAUUUAUUUUGUAUGUAUAUAACUGUAUUUUAAUAAGUUGAAACUGUGAUGUCAUAUUUAAAACAUAUGAAUAUUUAUAAUACAUAUAUAUCC